GCUGCGCCUGCACGCGUGCGGAAUCUACGCCUCUGAUAGUGGUGACGUUCCGAUGCGUAGAAAGUGUCAAAAUGAAUAAUUUAAAUGAAUGAAAUAAUCGAAAUAAAUUUCGGUGCCAGUCGCUUGUCGACUUGUGUUUAAAAAACAGUUUAGGAGAAACUGCUGUUUCGAGGAAGCUGGAAUUUAAUUAAUUAACUGCGAUUCGAAGUUACUUCGAUAUCGUUUAAUUAAACAGAUCGCAAACUUGGCACGUUUUUAUACGAUUGCUUUAGACGAAACUUUGAGUUCAAUGUUGUUUAUUCAAGUUCUGUUUCUAUCGUCGUAAUUCUUAUCCGUUCGAACUCUUUGUCCGACAGCUUUGAACGACUUCGUAAAUCAUACGUGGCAGAGAAUUUUUAACAGAGGCUGUUAGGAAUCGCGAGCUCGGAGCGAAGUUUACCAACAGCAGAAGCGUUCUAUUUAGAGCGAAAAUAGAGCGUUCUCUGUCCCUCUUGCCGCGUACGUGCGUUCACCCAAGUUCCGCCCAAGAAUAUCCCGCUGGAGGACACCGUGGACCGCUUUUUCUCGCCUCGUAAUCGACGUUAGGCAGCGAGACUGAGAUCAUUCUUGCUCCCUAAGACAGUCGGCCGUGUCUCGACGCGACGAUGUCGCACCAAGUGCGAACUCGGUAGCCUUGACUUUCAUUCCGGAUGCGAACAUCUUGCAAGUGCGAUUCUCGAAACUGUGCAGAACGAAAAUGUGACGCAGAGAUAAACGUCGGUGAAAAUGUGAAGAUUUCGAAAGUUCGAGCCAGUCGAUCGAUUUUCCAUCCGGUCCGAACCACCGGAAGUCGCGUCGAAGAAUUAUUUUUACCCAGCGGUGACAGGUCUUGAUUCGUGUCCAGACCGUUGGAAAUUCAUUGCCACGGUUUCCGGUCGGACGAUCGAACAAAUGUCGAGGAUGCUGCGACUGGAACUGGUGGGUCUCGUGCUGCUGGCCUGCACCCAGAUACUCACGGAGCACCGCGAUUUCUACGAGCCCAGACCGCAGUACGGUCACUACUCGAGGUUCCACGACCCUCCGGAACGCGUGACCAGGGAGGUGCGCGUGAAACAGGGUCGUCUCCGUGGGAUCGUCGUCCAGCCGCGGACCAACCACGACCUCCAAGCCGUCGACGUAUUCCUCGGAGUGCCUUACGCGGAGCCGCCGGUCGGCUCCUUAAGAUUUUCUCCCCCGCGAUCGCCGGAGCCGUGGCGCGGCGUCAGACAAUCGCAAGAAUUCGCGCCGGUCUGUCCGCAAGUGGUGCCGAACUUACGGGACGAAGUGAAACCGGUCAGGUACGAGUACCUGGAGAGGCUGUUACCGUACUUGUCGAACCAGAGCGAAGACUGUCUCUACUUGAACAUCUAUGCGCCGCACCAGCCCGAAGGUCAAAAGAUCCUGCAGAAGUAUCCAGUGAUGGUGUUCAUCCACGGGGAGAGUUUUGAAUGGAACAGCGGGAAUCCCUACGACGGUACUAUAUUGGCAGCCUACGGUAACGUCAUCUUCGUUACUAUCAACUUCCGCCUCGGCAUCCUAGGGUUCUUGAGGCCGGGAACGAGGGACGAUACGGCGAGCAAUUUCGGUCUGCUGGAUCAAAUAGCCGCUCUCCUUUGGCUGAGGGAGAACGUCGCCGAUUUCGGUGGCGAUCCAAACAGCAUCACGCUUGUUGGCCACGGUACAGGCGCCAUUUUUGCUAACCUCCUGCUUAUCAGCCCGGUGGCUAAUAAGAAAGGUCUGUUCAAGCGAGCUAUACUGAUGUCCGGAUCAGCGUUGAGCGCUGACGCGAUUGGGAAGGCACCGAUGCAGAUCACUAAACAGGUGGCACACGCCUUGGACUGUCCUACCACCACCGACAGCGAGCUCGCGUUCUGCUUGCGCGGCUUGUCUGUAGAUGCGUUAUUGAACGUCGAGGUUCACAAGCCCACUUACGUUCCUGCGUACGCGCCGUUAAUUGACAAUGCUGUGAUUCCUGACAAGCCUAUCAAUUUAAUGAAGAAUUCUCAAUUGUUCGGCAAAUACGACCUUAUGUACGGUGUGACCGAGUCGGAGAAGUUUCACGCGCUGCCGCCGAUCGCAUUGCUGCACGGCAUGCUGGACGAUCAGAGAGACGAAGUGUUAAGGGAACACGCGAAGGCAACGCACGAGCUCGACCCGGAACUAAUUCUCUCGAAGAUUCUCGAACAAUACGGCGACUUCUCCGCCGGAUAUACAGGCGAGUACAUCUUGAAGAAUCGCGAUCUCGUGCUAGACGCGCUAUCCGACGCCGGUACCGUAGCUCCAUUAAUAUUGACGGCGGAUCUGCAUUCAAGGGCGAAUCCCAAGAGCUACAUGUACGUCUUCUCGCAUCCGAAAGCCACGCAGGAUUACUCGGGCCAACAACGUCAGCGCACCGUGCACGGCGAGGAGCUGCCCUACGUGCUGGGUGUGCCCCUGGACGGGAGCAAAUACGACUCGCGACGCCGAUACAACAUCGGGGAAACUCUCUUCUCCGAGGCAAUGAUGAACUGGUGGUGCAGCUUCGCCUACGUCGGGAAUCCGAACGUAGCGAAGCGAUAUCCUUACCUGACAGACGGUCUUAAGGAAUGGGGUAAAUACGAGAUUGACUGGCCGGAGUACGACUCUCAGAAUCAAACCUACUUGAAUCUGACGAUUCCGCCGAGCAUCGGGCUUCAUUACCGUUACGAGGAGAUGCAAUUCUGGAACGAGCACUUGCCAAAUCAGCUUCGUCACCCUGGCGAGAGUCUCCCAUUACCGAUUCGACCAAAAGGACAGCGACCAGAUAUCUUGGACAAAGCAGACGGGAUCGGAAAGUAUGCGAACGCAAGCAGGAAUUACGAGCAGCAUAGUUCCAAAUUCAAGCCACCGCUGGAUGGAUCGACGACUCCAGAUACAACGACUCAGUCCGACGAAGAAGCGAUCGAACCACAGCCCAGCGUCCCAAAGAGCAACUCUGCUAUCACUAUGCUGAUUGGUUUCGGCGUCGUCUUCCUGUUGAUCAACUUCACCGCGUUCCUUUACUUGUAUUGCAAGAAACAGGACGCGAAGAGCAAAGGGAGCGCGGGGUUGAAGAGGCGCGUCAGCCAAAAGGACGACUCGAAGCGGACGAAAUCGGAGAAGUACGAGAACCAUUACGGCGAACUGGGCUACAAGAGCGACAGCAAGCCGGACUUGAACGACGUGAUAAAGAACGACAAGGCGUACGACAACAAUUCGAACUUUGGUAGACGCUCGAAAUUGUCCAGGCAGAAUUCUGGGUCCACCAUUGAUACGCAUAUUAAGGUCAGGGAAUGGAUACAGCAAGAAAUUGUACACAGGUGCUCUCCCAGGUUUCUUCGAAAGACGCGAGAAACCUUGCAGAGGGAACACCAGGACAAGCUGACGAAACAAGAGGAGGAAGAGAAGAAGAGGCUGGCAGAGGAGCUAUUGAAAGAGAGGAACGAUGAACCUAUCUACGACGAGAAUCCAGCGUUGAUCGUGCGGCCUGGCACGAAGUCAAAAGCGGCCAAGAUCUCCGUAGGCAUCGACGCUACGCCGGCCACGAGGACCGAAUCGAUCCUGAACCAGGUGCCCAUCGAGCUGGCAAAAUGCGGCGAGAACGACAAGAGCAUCGACUACCCGGUGAUCGAUCCCAGCCAGUUUCAGACGACUCCUCAGGUGGUCGUUAUAGAGCAUCAUCACUCAAAGAGCGAUCCACUGCCGAUGGAAAACGUGUUGAAGAGCACGAAGCCAAACUUCUCUACACCGAGAAUCUACGAGUCGGAUUCCGGUAGCGCUAGCAGUUUGUAUGCGAAGAUCAACCCGAAGCUAAAGUCCCGCUUACCACGACCGGACCUGAUGAACCCGGAAGGGUCGGAUCAGACCGAGCAGAUUUACAUGAAGAUGUGCCCGAAACUGAGCACGUUCGGCGUGAACAGUCCGCCAGUGUGCGACGUGAACGUAACCAGCAGAGACCCGGCCGUUGAAAGGACAUACGUCAGCCCGGAGGAGGCACUGAGGACGAUCAAGCGCAGAAACUACCCGAAAGUUCUGCCAGACAUCGAGAAAAGACGUUCCCUCCCGGCGCCUAGCAGCCUGUUUGUGUCCAAGCAGCACGCCGGUUCCCUGAAGGACUACCGAAGCGGAUUGCAACCGUCCCUCCAUCAGCCGCCGCAGCCCCCGCCGAGGACGUUCGGCCCGUCGAAGAGCCUGGAGUUCGCCGAGGAGAAUGAGAAUCAGUGCGAGACGGAACCGGUCACUACUAAUCUCCACGUUGGCCCGUUGCUCAGGCGACAGGAUUACUCGGCCAGGAACAAUUCCGAUCCGAGUAUCAUCGAUUCUCUGGACGACAGGAUAGCCAGAACGCAAGCCGGCGGCAGUGUCGAUACCAUUUACUCUAAUACCGCGUGUCCCGUUUAUGAAAUCGGCCAAACGAUCUCGCAGAGCGUCGACAAGAACAUAGGGAGUCCGGUCGCAUUGCUAGAAGCCGGAAUCGGUAAUCCUAAUUGGUACAAAUCGUCUCCAUCUGGCAACGAAGCGUGCACGUUGAUGGCUUCGUCAGAGCCGAAAAUCAUCGGCAGGGAGGCUGACAAACAGCAUCAGUUCUGGGAUUCCAGGACCCAUGGAACCGAACCGAGAAUCGUUAUCACGCCUAGAGUCGGGAAUCUUCUCGGGCAAGCGAAUCAGAGUUUGAGUCAGAACGUGGUGAACCUGGCGGACAAUAACGAGAGGUUCGAUCGAGAGAACGUGAGUUCGACCGAACAGUUGCCGUCGCUUCUAGAAUCGAGAUUGCAGGAGAGGAAGGAACCGCGGAUAAUAAUUACACCGAGGGACAAGGGUGCGAGCGUGAAACAGCCGAGAAUCAUCAUCAAGCCUACGUCCACUCUGCAGAGGAACAGGGAUCACAGGAACAUCCCUAAAGUGUCCGCGAUCCCACCCCCGGAGCAAAGCUGUCUGGGAUGCGUCGAUAGGGACAAGGCGGAGAAGCCGCCGUUAAAGGAGAAGCCGAAGGUCACUAGGAUCCCGUCGUUUUCCAGGCGCAAGGAGGAGGGCGGGGUCGAGAGGUCGGCCGUUCCUUCGUAUCCCGAGAAGGCGGAAAUCGUGCAGAGGGUGGAGGCAGUGGCCGCCGGCAAAGCGACGAACGUGCCCGUGACCGGCGACGGGAAGUCGAGCAUUCCGACGUUGCAGCGGAAGGAGAGCGAGAAGUAUUCGAGCACGGACUCUAGCAACGCAGUCUCGAACACCGGCACGAUCAAGAAGAAGCCGAUGAACAGGAAGUAGGAACCACUUAACGUCUGGUCCUCGUAAGAUUGUUCGAGCCGAAGAGUCUGCGGUUAACAAUCCAGUAUUCGAUAGAUCCAGUGAUUCGUACGUCAUAGUUCGAGGGAACGAUCUCUCAAUUAAAGAGAAAAGUGACUUUAGAAGUGAGACACGAAAUCGAUGCAUUUUUUUUGCUAGCGGGACUAAUGAAC